AUGUGUAUUGAAGUCAGUGUUGUUCAGGUGUGUGUGCGUGUGCUGUCCUCUUGUUUUCUCAGUCUGGCUCUUCAUCCGGAUAAGAUCCAGGUGGCCACCGGUCAGGUUGGGAAGGAUCCGUAUAUCUGUGUUUGGGACUCCUACGCUCUGACGACAGUCUCCAUCCUGAGGGACGUUCACACUCACGGUGUGGCCUGUCUGGCUUUCGAUGCCGACGGACAGCGUUUGGCUUCAGUGGGACUCGAUGCCAAAAACACUGUGUGCGUUUGGGACUGGAAGAAAGGACGUGUCUUGGCCACCGCCACGGGACACUCUGAUAGGAUCUUUGAUAUUUCGUGGGACCCGUUUCUGCCACACCGGCUGGUGAGCUGCGGAGUCAAGCACAUUAAAUUCUGGGCAUUAUGUGGAAAUGCACUGACACCAAAGCGAGGGAUUUUCGGGAAGACGGGAGACCUGCAGACCAUCUUGUGCUUGGCAACAGCUAAAGAAGAAGUGACGUAUUCAGGCGCUCUAAACGGAGAUAUCUAUGUGUGGAAAGGACUCAACCUGACGCGAACCAUACAGGCAGCGCACGGCGCUGGGAUCUUCAGCAUGCACUCGUGUGAGGAAGGUUUCGCCACCGGUGGUCGUGACGGAUGCGUGAGGCUGUGGGAUGUGGAUUUCAAGCCCAUCACCAAGAUUGACCUCAGGGAGGCUGAACAGGGUUAUAAAGGUCUGUCCAUCCGCAGUGUGUGCUGGCGGGCCGACAGAAUCCUGGCCGGGACUCAGGACAGCGAGAUCUUCGAGGUGAUGGUCAGAGAUCGAGACAAACCUCUGCUCAUCAUGCAGGGUCACUCUGAGGGGGAACUCUGGGCCCUCGACCUGCACCCAAAACAACCGCUUGCUGUGACCGGCAGUGAUGACCGAUCUGUACGGCUGUGGAGUUUGUCUGAACACACACUGAUCGCUCGCUGCAACAUGGAGGAGGCGGUGCGCAGUGUUUCCUUCAUCAAUGACGGCUCUCAGCUGGCUCUCGGCAUGAAGGACGGAUCCUUCACAGUCCUGCGCGUCAGGUACUUCAGCCUUCGCUCCAGACCCAUCUGCUUAAACCAGGCUUAUUUUACUCAUCUUAAUAAAUACAACAGUGGAACUAUUGGUCAAAAACAUUUUCAUGAACUGAAUAAAAUUUGCCUUAAACUUGGCCGAAGCACGCUUGUUCCCCCUCCCAUCUCACCCGACGAGGCGUAUGCAGACUCUAACAGUGGAGAAUCAGACUCGGAUCUGUCAGACGUCUCGGAGCUGGACUCGGACAUCGAGCAGGAGGCUCAGAUCAGCUACGAGCGGCAGGUUUAUAAAGAAGAUCUUCCUCAGCUCAAGAAGAAACUGGCGGGCUCUCUGAAGAGGCAGAAAGCUCCGGAUGAAGGGCUGCGCCUGCAGUUUGUCCACGGGUACAGAGGCUGUGACUGCAGGAAUAAUCUAUUUUACACUCAGGCCGGUGAGGUGGUGUAUCAUGUAGCGGCUGUAGCUGUGGUUUAUAACAGGCAGCAACACACACAACGCUUUUACCUCGGACACGACGACGACAUCUUGAGCCUCACCGUACAUCCACUCAAAGACUACGUGGCCAGCGGACAGGUGGGUCGAGAUCCAGCCAUCCAUGUGUGGGACAUCCAAACGCUCAAGUGUUUGUCUCUGCUGAAGGGUCAACAUCAACGCGGUGUCUGUGCGCUCGAGUUCACAGCGGAUGGAAAGAGUCUAGUGUCUGUGGGUAUCGAUGAAGAACACUGCAUUGUCAUCUGGGACUGGAAAAAAGGAGAAAAACUGGCCAAAUCCAGAGGACAUAAGGAUAAGAUCUUUGUGGUGAAAGGAAACCCGUUCCGCAUGGACAAACUAGUGACGGUGGGAAUGAAACACAUCAAGUUCUGGCUGCACACAGGAGGAGGUUUAACGUUUCGGAGGGGUAUUUUUGGGAAUCUGGGUAAGCAGGAGACUAUGAUGUCCGCCUGUUACGGCCGAUCUGAAGAUCUGGUGUUUUCUGGAGCGACUACAGGUGAUGUUUACAUCUGGAAGGACACGACACUCAUGAAGAGUAUCAAAGCUCACGACGGCCCCGUCUUCGCCAUGUGUUCUCUGGAUAAGGGUUUUGUGACGGGUGGUAAAGAUGGAGUGGUGGAGCUGUGGGACGACAUGUUUGAGAGAUGUCUGAAAACCUACGCCAUCAAGAGAGCAGCUCUCUCGCCUUCAUCUAAAGGACUGUUGUUGGAGGACAAUCCGUCCAUUAGAGCGAUCACACUGGGACAUGGACACAUUCUGGUGGGAACCAAGAACGGAGAGAUCUUGGAGAUCGACAAAAGCGGCCCCAUGACUUUACUUGUACAGGGUCAUAUGGAGGGGGAAGUUUGGGGUCUGGCCGCUCAUCCACUGCUGCCUAUCUGUGCCACAGUGAGUGAUGAUAAAACACUGCGCAUCUGGGAGCUUUCAGCCAACCAUCGAAUGGUGGCCGUCCGGAAACUAAAAAAAGGUGGUCGAUGCUGUGCCUUCUCCCCUGAUGGAAAAGCCUUAGCGGUGGGUCUGAACGAUGGCAGCUUCCUAGUGGUGAACGCAGACACAUUGGAGGACAUGGUGACGUUUCACCACAGAAAGGAGAUCAUCUCUGACAUCAGGUUCUCUCAAGAUGCUGGAAAAUACCUCGCUGUGGCCUCCCAUGAUUCAUUUGUGGACAUUUAUAAUGUUCUGACCAGUAAGAGAGUGGGAAUCUGUAAAGGAGCGUCCAGCUGUAUCACACAUGUGGACUGGGACGUCCGUGGAAAACUGCUUCAAGUCAACACUGGUGCCAAAGAGCAGCUCUUUUUUGAAGCUCCGCGCGGAAGACGACAAACUAUCAGCAGUUUAGAGUUUGAGAAAAUGGAAUGGGCCACCUGGACGUCAGUGUUGGGUGGCACCUGUGAGGGCAUCUGGCCGACUCUGAGUUUGGUCAACGCCUCGUCUCUCACCAAAGACAAGAAGCUUCUGGCCACUGGAGACGACUUCGGCUUCGUCAAGCUCUUCAGCUUCCCCUCCAAGGGUCAAUUUGCCAAGUUCAAGAAGUACGUGGCCCACAGUGCCAAUGUGACGAAUGUGCGAUGGUCCAAUGAUGAUGCUAUGCUGCUGUCGGUGGGCGGAGCCGACACAGCCCUCAUGAUCUGGGCGAGGGAGGGGAUUGGUCCACGUGAGAGCAAAGUAGUGGACAGUGAGGAGUCGGAUGAUGACGCUGAAGAGGACGGAGGGUACGACAGUGACGUAGCUCGGGAAAAAAACAUGGAUUACACAACAAAGAUCUAUGCUGUUAGUAUAAGACAGAUGACUGGAGUAAAGCCACACCAACAGCAGAAGGAGAUACUGGUGGAUGAACGACCUCCAGUGAGUCGAGCCGCACCGUUACCUGACAAACUGGUCAAGAACAACAUCACCAAGAAGAAGAAGACGGUGGAGGAGCUCUCUCUGGACCAUGUGUUUGGAUACAGAGGAUUUGAUUGUCGAAACAACCUUCACUACCUCAAUGAUGGAGCCGACAUCAUCUUCCACACGGCUGCUGCUGCUGUCAUCCACAGCCUCUCUGCUGGUACUCAGAGCUUUUAUCUGGAGCACACGGACGACAUCCUCUGCCUGACCGUCAACCAACAUCCCAAAUACCAGAACAUCAUCGCCACGGGUCAGAUCGGCGACAUCACCGAUCUGCCAGGCCUUGCACCGUCCAUACAUGUGUGGGACGCCAUGAGUAAACAGACAAUGUCUGUGCUGCGCUGCGCUCAUGCUAAAGGCAUCGGAUACGUCAACUUCAGCGCCACGGGGAAACUGCUGCUGUCUGUGGGAGUGGAUCCAGAACACACCAUCACUGUGUGGAGGUGGCAGGAAGGCUCCAGGGUUUGCAGUAAAGGUGGUCACACAGACAGGAUCUUCGUGGUGGAGUUCAGACCUGAUUCAGACACUCAGUUCGUGUCGGUGGGAAUCAAACACAUCAAGUUCUGGACGCUGGUUGGAGGAUCUCUGCUGUAUAAGAAAGGAGUGAUCGGAGCGGUGGAGGACGGACACAUGCAGACCAUGCUCUCAGUGGCAUUUGGAGCUAAUAACCUGACGUUCACCGGCGCCAUAAACGGCGAUGUGUUUGUGUGGCGGGAACACUUUCUGGUGCGUGUGGUGGCUAAAGCUCACACUGGCCCCGUGUUCACCAUGUACACCACACUCAGAGACGGACUCAUUGUCACUGGAGGAAAAGAGAGACCGACUAAAGAGGGCGGCGCGGUGAAACUGUGGGAUCAGGAAAUGAAGAGAUGCAGGGCGUUUCAGCUGGAGACUGGACUUCCUGUCGAGAUCGUCAGAUCAGUGUGCAGAGGAAAGGGGAAGAUCCUGGUGGGGACGAAGGAUGGAGAGAUCAUGGAGGUGGGAGAGAAGAACGCAGCCUCAAACACCAUCAUAAACGGACACACGCAGGGACGGAUCUGGGGUCUGGCCACACAUCCCUCCAAAGACGUCUUCAUCUCAGCCAGCGAUGAUGGAACCAUCCGCUUCUGGGACCUCGCAGAUAAGAAACUUUUGAAUAAAGUGAGUCUGGGUCACCCGGCGAAGUGCACGGCGUACAGCCCGAAUGGAGAAAUGGUGUCUAUUGGGAUGGAGAAUGGAGAGUUCAUCGUGCUGCUGGUCAAUUCACUGACUGUAUGGGGCAAGAAGAGAGACCGCAGUGUGGCCAUCCAGGACAUACGGUUCAGUUCUGAUAACCGUCUGCUGGCCGUCGGCUCGGUGGAGUCUGCUGUGGAUUUCUACGAUCUCACUCUCGGCCCGUCGCUCAACCGCAUCGGAUACUGUAAAGAUAUUCCUGGGUUCGUCAUCCAGCUAGACUUCUCUGCCGACAGCAAAUACAUCGAGGUCUCCACGGGCUCAUAUAAGCGUCAGAUUCAUGAGGUUCCCAGUGGUAAACUGGUCUCAGAUCAGGCUCUGAUGGACAGGAUCACAUGGGCGUCGUGGACCAGUGUUCUGGGGGACGAGGUGUUGGGAAUCUGGCCUCGUAACGCAGAGAAAGCAGAUGUCAACUGUGCCUGUGUGUCUCACGCUGGCAUCAACGUCGUCACAGGAGAUGAUUUUGGGCUCGUGAAACUCUUCGACUUUCCCUGCUCAGAGAAAUUUGCCAAACACAAACGUUACUUCGGUCAUUCUGCUCAUGUGACCAACAUCCGCUUUUCUUAUGACGACAAGUAUGUGAUCAGUGUAGGAGGCAACGACUGUAGUGUGUUUGUGUGGAGGUGUGUGUGAUGGAUUCGUUCUCUGCACCGCUGGUUGUUUCCGGACAGGUUUCCUCUCCGUUCCUCCAGCGUCUGGAUGCUGCACUUCUGUUAUGCUGCGUUUUUCCUCUCCAAAACCUGAUGGAUCCGAGACGAGUACUGAGUUGGACCAGGAAACUAUUUAUUUUUUACCUUUCUGUGAAGUGCAAUGUUUACGCUCAUGUACUUUUUACAACACAAAAAAAAUCUACUCUCAUAAAUCAUGCCAAUAUUUCAGAAAUCAAUGUAUUCAGUUUGUUUUGGUUCUGAUUCUGAAGUGCCUUGGAGACACAUUUUGCUGAUCUUUUAUCCCCGAACUGUUCAUUACGAUGCAUUUAUGGUGCUAAAUGGAUUCAUAGUCCACUUAGAGCUUUUUUUAACUGAUUAUUUUACAAACUCAUGCAUUAUGCAAUUUCUUUCUUUCAAUGUCUUUUCUCCAUUUUGUACAUAAAUAUCCGCUCACUAAACGCUCUUCCUGUUUAAAAGAAAAAGAAAUAAAAAAAAUCCAAAUACAUGGGACUCAGGAGAAUUUAAGUACUGUAAUGUGUAGAUGUUAUAUUUGACCUGUGCUAUUUUUGUUAAGAUAUUUAUUUUUUAAAUGUACGUGUUUACGUAUGAAGUAUGCAAAUUAGUCUCGGAACUGUGGGCGUCCAUGAUGAAAAACUGCAAAAAACUCGCCGUCCAAAUAUUAAAGUUGUAUGAAACGUGCGUAGUGUUCGUGUGUGUAGAUUGCGAUGCACCGUUUGUAGCCAAUGACGUGACAGCAGCUGUUUAUUGUGCAGAUAUGGAGAUCUAUCUGUCAUUUGUAUGUUCUUGUUUUUGUAAAUCGUCUGAUCAGAGGUCAGUCUAAUGGAAAGAUAUAUUAUAAUGAUAAUAAUAAUGCAUGAAUACAAGUCUGUGUGAUUGUUGAUCAUGAAUGAAUACUGUUCUUUUAUAAUUAAAGAGAAUCAUGUGUGAAAUGGA